GUUUUACUUCCUGUCCUUGUGUUACUCUGUGGUGAGCCUCGCCCUGAUGUGUUCUACCUGUUGCCUGCCACUCUGUGUCUUUACUUCCUGCUCAGUGUCUCUGUUCAGUGUGGAUCUGCAACUGGAGCAUCUGUAUGAACCAUAACGGCUGAAAACGUACAAAGUAAAAUAACAAAGAUUUACUGAGAGUAACUUUUACUCAGGUUUUAACUCAAACAUGUCUGAACACCAUAGCAUCUGUAAUACACACAGAAAAAAAAUUCUCAGGCUUUUAUUUUUGAGGACCACAUCGGAAGCGGCUCUUAUUGCAGUGAGCCGGUCGACAGGCGGAAGCAGUUGAACCCGUGAGGCUGAUCCCGGCGUGUGAGACCGGUGCUCGGUCCAUGGACUGAAUAGGCUUUCAGUAGGGUCUUUAUCGGGUUUGUCUCAGACUGGUCUGAUGUGACGGACUGCUCCGGGUACCGCUGUGAACGCCCCCUCGCGGCCGCGCGGUGUUAGCUGUUAGCCUGUUAGCUUGAGAGUUUAGUCAGAGUUUAGUUUGAAGGGGUUCAGAGAUGUCGGGGGGAGACCUGAGGGGACGCUUCCUCUACAACCUGCCGUCAUCCGUCCAUUGGGACUUUUGCCGGGUCAUGGAUGGACUGUCGGACCUGGACUGGACCCGCUUCGCCUCGGAGGUCCUCCACGAUCAGAACACUGUGCGAUUGGCUGAGAGGAGGGAGAGGCGGACCGACUGGGUGAUGAACCAGUGGGAGAACAGGAACGGUCGAGUAGGGGAGCUGAUCGACCUAUUGGAGCGUCUACAGCUGUUCCGCCCCCGUGACGUCAUCCUGGGCUGGAUGCCCAGUAUGAUGCCUUUCUCCUCUCUCCCUCCUCCUCCUCCACCUGCUCCUAUUGCUCAUCGUCCUCACGUCUCUCUCCCUCAGUUCGACCCCCCUCCCAAAUCCUCGGAGGCCCCGCCCACAUUGAGCACCUGUAAACUGACCACAAAAGUAGAUACAGGAGGAGGAAAACCGCUACCCAGACCUGCUCCACCCCCCUCCAGUCUGCAGUCUGGCCUCCACCAACCCCCCCAGCCCUCCCAGGUGGCGACAGGCGGGGUGAUGUGCUGGUCGUAUGAAGAGGUGCAUGCUGGGACACAUGGGUUCUCCCCCUCCCUGCAGGUGGGAGAGGGGGGGUUUGGAGUCGUGUACAGAGCGACUCUGAAAAACACAGACUGUGCCGUAAAGAGACUAAAACAGGACUGUCUGAUGGACUGGACUCUGCUGAAGGAGAGUUUCCAGACUGAAGUAGAGAAACUGUCAAAGUUCAGACACCCCAACAUUGUGGACCUGCUGGGCUUCAGUGAGGGAGGGGGGUCAGUGUGUCUGAUCUACAGCUACAUGGACAACAGAUCACUGGAGGACCAGCUGCAAAACGAGUGUGCGCUCUUCUCCUGGUCUCGGAGAGUAAAUGCUCUUGAAGACGUAUCAAAGGCUCUGCAGUUCCUCCACACACCCCCCGGCAGACACCCACCACUCAUCCACGGAGACGUCAAGAGUUCAAACAUCCUGUUGGACCGUCACCUGGUGGCGAAGCUGGCGGACUUUGGUUUGGCUCGGUGUGCGUCUCGUGGCUCGUCUGGACGCUCGGCAGCUCAGACCGCAUCUGUCGGUAAAACAGAGACAGUAAGAGGAACACUAGCAUACCUGCCUGAUGAGUACGUGAGGAACAAAGAGCUGGGCACCGCUGUGGACGUCUACAGCUUUGGAGUGGUGUUGUUGGAGGUGCUGACUGGUCGUCGAGCUCUGGAGAAAGACAGGAAGUCAGGAGAGAGAUACCUGAAAGACCUGGUGGAGGAGGUGGAGGACAGUCCGACUGGUUCGUCUGAAGCGUCCUGGAAGAAACAGCUGGACCACCGGCUGAUGAAAGGGGGCGCUGCAGAGCCUGCUGGCUGUAUGAAGAUGGUGGCUCUAGCCUGCAGCUGUUUGGACAAGAAGAGGAAGAAGAGACCGGCCAUGACCGAGGUGUUUGAAAAACUUCUGGACAUCCACAACAUGGUGAGGAUGACCUGCUCCUCCUCCCCCCUCCAUCACCCUCCUCCACCUCAUCUUCAUCCCCCCUCCCAGUCCUUCCCUCGACCCCCCAGCUCCCUGGACUCCAGUGUGGGAGCUCUGUCCAACCAGAUGUCUAAACUGGGACCACUCGAAUACACCUACCAGUCCUCUUCGUCUUCCUCCUGUGCCCUCACCCUUCCCCACCCCCUCCACUCCUCCUCCUCAUUCGCAGGCCCAUGUGAAACUGAUGAGAGUCGAGGUUUCUCCCAGUACCACCUUCGCUCCCAGUCGAGCUCAAAUGGGGCCAGCUCCAAGGCUCUGUCCCCAUCCACUAGAGAUCCCUGUCCAACUGGGCCCACAGAGUCCCAGUUCAGCAAGCCUUCUGUCCCCACUGAGGACCAGUACAACUUUCCUCCUCAGCCCAGCUCCAGUAAUAGACCAAGGGCCGGGGCCGUCACAGGACCAGACACCACAGCAGGGGCCACAGCAGGUCUCUACAGUGUCUCAGAAUGCCUCUCUCCCGUGGGGUCCCUGCAGUCAUUGUCCCUGGGGCCCGCAGUCGACAUUAAUCCAAGUAAACAGCGUUUCCUGGAGAAGAAGACUCUGUAUGAGGAGGGACGGAUCCAGACUCCAGAGCUGCUGUCAUCACACGACCUCUUCUUCAUCUCAGUUUAUCUUGUCCUGUCGUCAUCAGUUUUCAUCUCAUUUCAUCCAGAUAUCAGAUGUUUGUUCAUCUCAUGUUUCCUCUCUUCAUCUUUGUUUUCCAUCAUCACACUCCUCAUUUUAUGUCUCACUUCAUCAGCUCAGCACAGACUCCAGUCAUCCACUGACCCCAUGUUGUAUCUCACAUCUCGUUCUGUCUCAUCUCAUUUAUUCUCAUCUCUCAUCAGUGUUUCAGUCAUUCAGUUGAAUUCACCUUAAUUUCUACAGCUCCACAUCCUCAGACAUAAUGUGAAGGCCCUUCAUAGAGUCAGGUCCAGACCUUCACUUAUUGUGGAGAGUAAGUCUAGGAACCACAGUGUGUCAGCAUUUAGAGAGCUGAUAGUAAAGAGUUGCAGUAGUCCAGUCUAGACUAGUUUUUCAGCUUCCUUUAGAGAUUUUCACAAUAAUGGUCAGGUGGAAGAAGGCUGUCCUAGAGACUUGUUUUAUGUUUGAAGUAAAGGACAUGUCCUGGUCAACAAUGACCCCAAGGUUUCUGACUGUAGCACUGGAGGUCAUGCGAAUGUUAAAAUGAUCAGAACCUUGUGGAAAAGAGUCAUUGUUAACAUGAACAAACUGGAAUCUGUCAAACAAGUCUGACUUUAACCAGUCUGGUUCCUUUAAUGCCAAUGACAUGUUUUAGUCUCUGUAAUAAGAUCCUGUGAUCAAUGGUGUCAAUGCAGCACUAAGAGGUUAUAGAGGUUAUAUAUAGAGAUAAACAGUAUCUCAUUUAAUCUUAUCCAUCUCAUGUGAGCUCAUUUUAUUCAUCAUGUCAUUACUUCUUGUCUCCUCUCAUGUCUCCAUCUCACUCCACCUCAUCUCAUGCCUCAAAUCUGAUUUCUCAUCUCAUCUUGUUGGUUGUAUCUCUUCAUGGUCAUAUUUAGUUCUGGCUCAGUGUAUGAUGUCAUCGUGUGUCAUUAGACGGAGGGCAGAGCUCUGCAGAGUCCAGAGGACCAGAGGAGAGCGAUGAGCUGGAUUAUCUUCCUGCCAAACACAACUAGCAGAGAGGUCACCUGAGGUCACGUUCCUUCCCAGAACCAACACACAGCUGUGAACUCAGAAUCACCUGCUGAUGUCGACCUGCAAGUGGUGCUGUUUCACAGAGUUCACACAUCUGUUGAAUCCAUUAACUCCUCACCAUAGUCAUCUAUGGGCUCAUGUCAGGGUCAAAAAGGCUCUGAGUCUGUAAAGGGAUGUUACUAAAGAUUCCACAGUCUGUGUGAACCUGUGAAAUAAAUCUGAUUUCUUCAUGUGGAGAAAAGAGAUUAUGAACAGGCGAGAUCAGUGGUGAGCUUACACACACACACACACUGUGAUAGAUGAAGAGCUUUGUGAACAGAAGCAGAGUCAAACUGUCCAAUCAGAAGGCAGGUGGUUUAGUUUGACAAAUGUUCACACACACUGUGGUUUAGGUUAAUUCACAAAAGUUCAUUUACAACCCCAGACUGUGGAAUCAUGAGUGACCACUUCAAAGGCUCAGAGUCUUUUUGACCCUGGCGAGAGCCCAUAGUGAUCCUGGUGUCUCUACGUCAGUUUAAACAAAUCAACCACAGAGAAAUCAGAGUGAGCCAACGAUGGACAGCUGAGGUUUACGUGAAGAUAUGACAUCCUCCACAGGGUUUAAGGGGCCUGUGGUCCUGUGCCUCAGUUUGAAGUGACUGUUAUCACAUCAUUGGAAAGUUAAUCAAAAGACAACAGACACAAAAUGACUGCAAACCAUAAAACCACCCCUCAUCCAGUGUAGGAGGGUGGGGGCCUCCGUGUGUGUCCAGGGGCCCAUUGUCUCCCGAUGUGUCUGUGCCGAUCAGACCUUUACUGACAUUAUCAUCACCAGUGAGGUUUAUUUUUUUUAACUGUUUAUUCACAUUCACUGAUAAUAAACUCACACAUUUUAUCAUCUGAAAGUGUUGACUUAUAAAAUGAUGGAAAUGUUUUCUCCUGUUUUCUUUGACACAAAUGAUUUAUUUUAAUUAAAUAGAAUUUUUAACACUUUUAUAUUUUAUAGACUUUUCAGAUUUGACACAAAUAAACAGUUGUCAUGUGAAUCUGA